GGCUAGAGCCGGAUGAUGUUGGAGAAGAAGCAGCCAGUAGAUCUGAGGCUACUGGGGGAGGAGGACGAGUUCAAGGAGUUUCUGGCCGAAGACUGGACUGGUUUAGAUGAAGAUGAAGAUGCACAUGUGUGGGAAGACAACUGGGAUGAUGACAAUGUGGAGGAUGAUUUCUCCAUUCAGUUAAGCGCAGAACUAGAAAAACAGCUACAAGAUGGAAACCUCAUAGCUUCCAGUGAUGUUGCCAUGUGAGAUUGGACUGUAAAGUGAAUGCAAAAUGUAUGGAAUGCAGGAUGGAAGAGAAGAUACU